AUGCCAUGGCAUCCCCCUCCUGUGCCCUUACAGGGCAAGCUGUUGACUGUCUCGACUAUCCGGGCUUUUGUGUGCUCUCUCUUCUUCGCCAUGUUAGUUACGGGUCUGGUUAUCGGUUUGGUUCUUGGGAUUUCCAGGGCCGAGAAUGUCAGUUUGACGGUUGAUCUGGGGUAUGCGAAGUACCGUGGUGCCAAUGUGAAGAAUGGUGUUAGUCAAUGGUUGGGAAUGAGAUAUGCUGCUCCUCCGUUGGGUGAUUUGAGAUGGCGAGCUCCGAAGGAUCCUCUGGUUAAUACUACGCUUCAAUCUGCUACGGCUGUGAGUUUCCUCCAAAUAUCUUUAUGACAAGAAGCUGACUUCACUAGCGUGGUGGAGUGUGUAUAUCUUCUCCUUCAACGGCCAUCUCAGAUGCUGUCAAAAACGGGGUCCAGAAGGAAGAUUGCCUAUUCGUCAAUGUCUUUGCACCGACAGAUAACAAAGGCAACCUCCCCGUUUUCAUCAAUUUCCAAGGCGGAGGACUCAAUAAUCUUGCCGACUCGACUCUGGAUGGUAGUGACUUAAUCAACGCUGCGGAUCAUGGUAUCGUUGUUGUGACUUCCAAUUAUCGGGUUGGUCUUCAGGGAUUCUUGGCCAGCAGGGAAAUCAAAGCGAAUGGGGAUUUAAAUGUUGGUCUUUUGGAUCAGAGAAAGAUGCUUCAUUGGGUGCAGAAGAAUAUCCACUUGGUAAAAGAUUCAUCCGCUCGCAUAUAUCACCGCUAACAAAUAAUAGUUUGGAGGAGAUCCAAAACAUGUCACAAUCGGUGGAGGCUCAGCAGGAGGUGGUUCCGUAAGUCUUCAUCUCACAGCUUACGGUGGUCGAGACGAUGGUCUCUUCCACGCCGCUGCUGGUGAAAGUCCGUCUUAUGGAGCUCGUUAUACGGUUGAUGAAGCACAGUAUCAAUAUGAUACCAUUGUCAAGCGUGUAAAGUGUGAUACCGCAGCCGACACAUUGAAAUGUCUUCGGGAUCUCGAUGUCAAUACUCUACUUCUACAUAAUGGACCUAUUGUAACACCAGGAGGAGGCGGGGGACCGCCUGUUUUCCCUUACUCUAGUAUUAUCGAUGGAACCUUUACAACGGACUACAAUUACAACUUAUACGCAGAAGGGAAGUUUGUCAAAGUCCCUACCAUCUAUGGGUAUGUCUUCCUCCCUUUCCUUCCAGCUUCCAGAGCCCCUCCCAUCUCAUCAUGCCAACUAACGAUCCUCAGCGCCUGCACAAACGAAGGCACAAACUUUACGCCCAAAGACCCCACCGCCUUCGCAAACGCAACCGACAUGGACACCUUCCUCAAAAACAACUUCCCCAAACUAACCCCCUCCCACCUCUCCCGCACCCACACCCUCUACCCCUCCACCCCCUCCAACCAAUACCCCAACCGCGGCCCCUACUGGUCCGCCACCGCCCUCGCCUACGGCGAGCUACGCUACAACUGCCCCAGCCUCUUCAUGUCCGCCGCGCUCCCCCAUCACGGUAUGAACAGCUCCUGGAACUACCAUUGGGACUCGCUCUCCACGGCCAAUGCCCUAAGUGGCGAUGGCGUGACGCAUNCAUCACGGUAUGAACGCCUCCUGGAACUACCAUUGGGACUCGCUCUCCACGGCCAAUGCCCUAAGUGGCGAUGGCGUGACGCAUGUUGCGGAGGCGGCGUCGAUUUGGGGAGUGAAUAAAGAGGGGGAUGUGCCGGGGAAUUCGAUUCAGAAGUAUUGGACGAGUUUUAUAAGGACGAAGAAUCCGAAUACUUUGAAGGCGGGGGGUGCGCCGGUUUGGGGGGUGUUUUUUGGGGGGGAUGGGAAGGGACAGAGGGUGCAUUUUACUAAUAGGACUGUGACGAUGGAAAGUCCUGAUGAGGUGACGAGGGAGAGGUGUGGGUUUUGGAGUGGAAUUGGUGGGGUGCUUGGGCAGUAG